ACUAUUGUUAUUUAUUCAUUAGUUUAAUAUUGGUUUGGUUGUGCAAUAUUUAUUGUUUUUAGAUAUUUCUACAUAGAUAUGGCUAAACAAAUGGCUAUUAAGUUUCGCAAGUCUGCUAGUUUAAUUGUAUUAGCUAAACAUAAACUACCUGCAGAUAGCCAGGCCAAUUUUAAGGCUUUACUUUUGAAUCGUCAUGAAAAGGCCUCUUUUAUGCCCAACUCCUCGGUAUUCCCGGGAGGUGUUUGUGAGGCAGCCGAUGAAACGCCACUAUGGCAUAAACAUUUCGAAAAGAUGGGUGUAACAAAAACACAAAUAAAACCUCUGACUGCUGUAAAGGGUGAAAUAUCCAAUAUUUUUAAAAAUGAUAAUAAGGAUGUACUAGAAAGAGAACUAUCACUGAGAAUAACCGCCAUACGAGAAACCUUUGAAGAGUUAGGUAUUAUUUUGUGUCGCGAUCGUAAAUCGUUAUCAUCGCCCGAUGGUAAAGGUUAUGGUAAUUUUAAAGAAGACUUUGAUCGCAAACAUUGGCAAAAUGUUGUUCAUAAUGAUGCUAGCAAAUUUCUUAGCUUAUGUGAGGAAUUAGAUGUUGUACCUGAUUUAUGGAGUUUGUAUGAAUGGUCUAAUUGGUUUACACCUUCUACUUUUAAGAAACGUUUUGAUACUGCCUUUUUUAUGGUGGCUUUAGAAAAUAUGCCCGAAGUUUUGGCGGAAGAGCAUGAAGUUACAAACUAUGCGUGGAAAACUCCUGCCGAGUACCUCAAAGCGUAUUUCAACAAAGAAAUCUGGUUACCACCCCCUCAAUUCUACGAAUUAUCGCGCCUACUAAACUUUACCGAAUUGGAAAAAGUUAAAGAAUUUGCCCAAAAACGUUCAACGGAAGGCAGCAUAGUAAUCCUGCCCGUACAAUACAAAUUGAAAAAUGGACAAGUAAGCGUUUUGCCCGGUGAUGAUUUGUAUCCAGACGAUCCCAAUGCUUCCGAUAAACAGAUAACCAUUGAAAAGGAUGCCAAGGAAUUCCGUGAAGGUGUUAAGAACAUACAUCGUCUCGAGUUUUAUAGUCCCCAUGAUGCGGUAGUACGUCAGAAUUACACACCUUCUUGUGGACACAUGAAACCAUUGAAUGCGAAUCCCAAACAACAUGAUUAAAAAUUAUGUAUUGAUGAAUAAACAAAGUUUUCCAGUAAUGCAUUUAUGUACAUUUUAAGUAUAAAAUUCAACUGUGUUACUUUAUUAAAUAAAAUUCAUAUUUAAAUUUUUAAAA